AUGUCCCACCUACUUCAUUCUCCAAGGUCAACCUCUUCAUCCUCCCGUAGACACCAAAUAUCCAGCCCAACACCUCUGGCCUACUAUUCUACUCUGGAAUCUUUCUCCCAUCACCCCAACUCCCAACCAUCACAUCACUCUUAUUAUCACCAGCCUUCUUUCGAAGACGAUAAAAAUAGUCAGAAAGCCAGUCUCGAAAGAAAAUUCAGCAGCUAUGACUACCAGGACAUCAGCGAUUUCAAAAGCUCGAAAUCCGCAAAAAUUAGAGCCUCCAUCAGCGGUGCCGCCACCAUAAAAUCGUAUAGAAGUGCCAAAAGCUCCAAAAGUGCCAAAAGUUCCAAAAGUUCCAAAAGUGCAAAAGUUCAAAGAGAAUCGAUCUCUCGUCCAUUAUCUUCUGGUCGUCGGUACUCCAGUAGCGCCGCCUCCGCCAACGAAUCUAUGUCAAUAAGUAUGCAUUCUGUGGCCUUAUCUUCGAUACACCAAAAACACAUACAUGUUGGCUCGACAGAAUCAAAUUCCGGGGCCCAAACAAACUACGAUAAACAGAAAGCCAGAAUGUAUUCGGAAAAAAAAGCCUUGGGUCUAAUGUCCAAUGAUGUUUACGAUAUGGUAAGCACCCCCAGCGGCAGAUCUGGAGCCUACCAACAAUCAUCGAUUAAUCACGGAUCGAAUAGAAGCGUCAGAUCAAUGGGUUCCAAUACAUCUUCUAACAGGAAAUAUUCUUCGCCGCAGGCAGUAAAUAGACAAUCUCACAGAUCCAGAACGAGUCAGGAAUAUUUCAAUGAUGAUCAAGUAUUUAUUAUUGACAAAGAUUCUUGCACUCCUAUCAAUAAUGACCAAUAUUCGCUAUUGGAUGAGAUGUCUCUCCAUCAACCGCCGCCUCGCAACUCCAGUCGUCCCAAAGUCAAUUUAGUCAAUAGCAAAAUCAACUCAACAGGCUCCACCGACUCAGCUGGGUCUUCGAAUUCCGGAAACUCCUACAAUUAUUACAAUUCUAGUAGUCCUUUAACAUCUCCUGAAAAUUCACCAAUGAAUAACCCAAAGCAAUCGAUGUUCCAACAAUUUGACGGCCAUCAUUCUAACCCCAACUCCAUGCAUAACUCCCCGCAAUUGUCGAAUCUUUCCACUAAUCAAAACUUAAAUAAUAACUCGUACCAGCUUUCGUCAAUUGUCGAGGUGGCCACUCCAAAAGAGGGCCAUUUCCCAAGGCAACAGCAGCAUCAUCAAUACUCUCACUCCAAUCCCGGAUCUCAAUAUAAACAGAUUCCCGAGGAAACUGCAUCAAUAGGUAAAUCUUUGAGAUCAAGAAAACAUUCACAUCACUCACUUCGAUCUAAGAUAUCGCUCAAUAGUGUCCACCAGCGCCGCAAUAGCAAUAAUGACACAUUCAACAACAAUUAUGCUAGUGGUCAAACUGCUGAUCCCGAGAUGCCAAAAAAAGUUUUCAGUCUUGAGGACACUUUACGUGCUGACAAGGAUUUAGACUUACCAACCCGCGAAGAAUUAAAACGCAGUGUGGUCACUAAUCUCAAUAUGAAGCCUGACCCAACGAUGGAUCUGGUUACUGGUGGUAACGAAAAGAAAAGAUCGGGAGGGAUUUUUGGAUUUUUGGCGAGUUUGUUUGGGGGUAGCAAGAAGAAAAAAAAGAUUGAUAAAGGGAAAAUCAAGGUCAUCAAUAACAGAAUUGGGGUAUAUUGA